GACCUGACUUUAACGUGCAGCAAUUAACGCUCGACAAGCAACCCUAGUUGUUUUCUCUUUUCUUUCUUCAACUUCGCUUUUGCUUUGCUCAUCUUAACCAUUCUCAGUAAGGAUUCAAGAUCGUAACCUAGAUCUUACUUUUUAUGUUUAAAUCCAUAUUUAUUUUAUUAUUAUCGUUAUUUAUAUAUUUCUAGAUGUAACUAGGGGACGACAAUCAAGAAACUGAUAAAAACGAAUUGGACGAUCUAGCUGAACUUAGCUAGUUGGAGUUUGACAAGGUGGAUCCAAGACAUGGCAAGAGGCCUCUUCCCUUUGAUGUAUCGGAGGAGAAAAAGGAAGAUGAAAUGUUCUCGGUGUACCAAUCGAUGACGAGUACUUAUCAUCAGCCGCCCUAUCAGUACGGCUGGCCGGCGCAAGGCCAAGUGAAUCCUGGUCAGUUGAGGAUCGGCUCGACGGAACUUCACGCAUCUCAACCAUCGCAGGAUCAAGGUGAGCUAGGAGGUAACAAUACAAGAAGAAGACACUACAGAGGUGUAAGACAAAGACCAUGGGGAAAGUGGGCAGCUGAGAUCCGCGAUCCAAAGAAAGCAGCAAGAGUCUGGCUCGGAACGUUCGAUACAGCAGAAGCGGCAGCCCUGGCUUAUGAUGCAGCAGCUCUAAAAUUCAAAGGCAGCAAAGCUAAGCUCAAUUUCCCUGAACGUGUAGCUGACAUGGGCUACCUAAUGAGCACUUCUACUAUUUCAAGUAACUCUGCAGGCACAGCUUUGGAAUAUGUUCCUAAUCCUAGGCCGGUACCUCUACUCCCACAGCCACCAAUACCAUCUUCCAUUGAAGCAUUUCCUAAUCUCUUCCAGUACGCACAGCUGCUUUCCAGUAAUAAUGACAGUGAUAUUCAGUAUGCAGCCUCCAGUCUUCCCAACAGGCAAAACCAGCUUCCGUUUUAUGGUUCAUCACAAUCUACACCCAUGGUAUUUUCAUCCUCAACCUCUUCCACAGAGUCCCAGAAUUAUCAUGGUCAACUGGCCAUGGAAGAAGAGCUGCUACGAGGAAGCUUCUCUUCUGCUUCUAAUUUUUUUGAGCAGGCUCUGAAGAAUGCUCGUGGUGGCAAUAACCAAAAGGAUUAAACUGAUUAUUAUGGGUUCAUGCAGUGAGGGUGAGAACCUGACGGCGGUUGGUUAAUUGAAGAUUUUAUGUAACAUAGAGAAGAAAGCUUUUAUCUGAAUUGCUUGAAGUUGCGUCUCAGUUUUAUUUUCAUGAAGCAUGCAGUUAUCUUCCUUGUGUCUUAUCUGUAUCACUUCUGAAAUUAAGCUUAAGCUUGUACCAUGAACAUCGUUCUUUACGGCUGGUCAUAUAUUUAUUUUUGGCUUCAUUCA